AUGACAGGAGAGGAGGUUUCAACAGUCACCGAUGCUGAGGAGAACUGGCGCCAAGAGGAAAAGCAGUCACGUGGAGGUCCUGAACGCCGUGCACGUGCAAUGGGAAUUCUCCACACUUCGAUCACAAACGAAUCCAUCGUUCGACCAGUGGGAUUUUUCGUUAUUGGAUUUACGGAUUUCAAGUUUGCUGAUUUAUAUUUAAUUUUCCUCGGCUUCAUUUAUAUUGUAACGGUUUUGUGCAACUCCUUCAUAAUUUCUAUUAUAUGGACGGAUUAUCGCCUACACACUCCAAAGUACAUCGCGGUGGCUAAUUUAGGGGUUGUCGACUUGAUUUACAGUACAUCCUUUAUUCCGAAUAUAAUCAAGACUGUUGUCACGAAAGAUACGUUUAUGUCCUACAAUGCAUGUUUGACACAGAUCUUUUUUUAUUACUGUUCUGCAGCGCUUGAGUCAUUUUCUCUCGGUGUACUUGCCUAUGACAGAUUAAUUGCGAUAUGUUUCCCACUGAGGCAGAGUUCAAUCAACACGCCCACACGCAUGAUCAGUAUUUUAGCGAUUGUUUGGUCGCUUUGUAUAAGCGCCCUGGUGUUCUCGAUCUUCCUCUUGUCAAAACUGUCUUUUUGUGAUUCUCUUACUGUGCACAACUUUAUCUGUGAGUACGCAGCUGUGUUCAUACUAGCGUGCAAUGAUUAUACACUGCAAUGGACCACUGUAUCUACUUUUAGUAUAGUGAUCUUGUUUGGGCCCCUUAGUUUUAUCGUCGUGUCAUACGGCUGGAUUUUAAGAGUCGUGUUUAGAAUGAAAACUGUAGAGAGCAGGUACAAAGCACUUGCAACCUGCACGGAACAUCUCACCGUAGUGGCGAUUUUCUACGUGCCGACCAUAACAGUGUACAUCAUUGAGCUUUUCUUAUACCUCGUUCAUCCAAAUGUCAAAAUGGUGAACUUGUCGUUAGCCUCGUGCAUCCCGUCAUGUCUUAACCCCAUUGUGUAUUCCCUGGCUACGAAAGAAAUCAGGAACAGAAUAUUGGCCAUGUUCCAGAACGCCAAAGUAGCAGCCUGGGCAGAGAGGGGGUAGGGCUGAACCAUACAGUAAAUAUACAUUUUUCAAAUGAAUGACAAUCAUUAAUUUUAGGCCUCGGGGUUUCACCCCAACGGCGCAUGUCUACGUGACGUCCAACCUAGGCUAUUGCAUAUGACUUGCAUUUUAUUGGAAAUAGGAAAUCAUUACCCGACCCACACCGGUAACACAUUAAUUCCCGUUGGAAGCUUAAGCGUUGCAUUGUGUACUGUGUCUUGGUAAAUAUUUUGUAUCAUUUUCACAUUUAUUGUCUUGUGGUGUGCUUGUGCAAUACUGUAACAUACCACGUCGCCAUUGUCAGUGAGAGCUUGUUCUCAACUGACCUACUAGGCUAAAUAAAGGUAAUUAUAUUUUUAAAACCAUUUCUUAAAAAACUUUCGAUGUUUAAAUGGCUUUUUUCUGAAAUAAAGGAUUAAUUUCCAGCUCCA